AUGGCUGUUCUCCCGAACGAGUACAAGGACAAGGUCCGAAUUGCAGUCAUCGGAGGCACCGGCCUCCAGGACCUCCCAGGCUUCACCAAAGCUGCAUCUCUUGAUAUCGAGACACCCUGGGGCAAACCUUCCUCUCCAGUCACCAUCUUGCACCAUAACUGCAGCGUUUCCGGCAAAGACGUCCCCGUCGCCUUCCUCAGCCGACACGGCACGCACCAUCAAAUUGCUCCCCAUGAAGUCCCCAACCGAGCAAAUAUCGCGGCCCUGCGCAGCCUUGGUGUGCGAACGGUCAUUGCCUUUUCGGCCGUUGGCAGUCUGCAAGAGGCUAUUAAGCCCAGGGAUUUCGUCGUACCUGAUCAGAUUAUUGACCGUACCAAAGGUGUUCGGCCAUUUACCUUCUUCGAAGGCGGUGUUGUAGCCCAUGUACCGUUCGGUGACCCGUUUGAUGAGAAUGUCGCAAAGGUUGUGCGUGCGUGCGGACACAGUCUGGAGGGGGAUGGUGUUGUGUUGCACGACCGAGGAACAUUAGUGUGCAUGGAGGGCCCUCAAUUCUCCACCCGCGCCGAAAGCAACAUGUACCGCUCCUUCGGCGGAUCUGUCAUCAAUAUGUCCGCUCUCCCCGAAGCGAAACUAGCACGUGAAGCCGAACUAGCAUACCAAAUGAUUUGCAUGUCAACAGACUACGAUUGCUGGCACGAGUCCACUGCCGACGUCACCGUGGAAAUGGUCAUGGGUAACAUGAAGGCGAACGCAGUGAAUGCGAGACGCUUUGUCGGCGCUGUGCUUGAUGCAUUGGUGCUAGACGCUCAUGCGGAUACUGUUAACGCCAAGCAUCUGGAAGGGGGUAUCAAGUUUGGUGUUAGUACGCCGCAGACAGCGUGGAGUGAGGAUGCGAGGAAGAAGAUGGAGUGGUUGUUCCCUGGAUAUUUUUAG